CUAUAAAAUCUGAACACGGUUUGCUCCGUAGUGGUGGUUUCUUUCUUCACUCUCCCUAAACCCCGUCUCCACUUUCUCUCUCUAGAGUUUAUCGCUCUAAAACCUUUAAUUCCAAACACAACCUUGGAACAAUGCUCCUCAAAACAUUCCAAUUCAUCGAACGGUUUUCUAGGUUUCGUUGAUUUCUCUGCAAUCACUCUCACAUUGAGACUGUGUUGGUGAGUUUGGUUUGAAUCGUGCACGGGAGUUUGCUUGGUUUUUGCUGUAACUGUAAGGUUUUUUUGGGUUAAGAAUUGAAUGGGUAUUUUGUGUUUUUUCCUUCGGUUUACUUCAGGUUUAUGGUUUUUGUAGAGUUAGGGUUUCGUGAGAAAUGAGGUUGAGAUCUCGGACUCGGUCAGGGAAGGUUUUGGGUGAAGGGAAGGUUGUUCAGAAAGAAAGGGUUUCUGUGAAGAAUGCUUGUGAUAGUUUAGUUUCGGGUGAUGAGGGUUUAGAGGCACCUUCGUCGUUGAUUGAGAAGAAAGACGAUGGAAAUUUAGUUUCGGGUGAUGAGCGUUUAGAGGCAUCUACCUCUUUGGUUGAGAAGAAAGAUGAGGAUUUGGUUUCGGGGGACAACGGUUUAGAGGCACCUACCUCGUUGGUUGAAAAGAAAGAUGAGGGUUCAGAGGCACCUACCUUGUUGGUUGAGAAGAAAGAUGACGAUUUAGUUUCAGGGGAUGGGGGUUUAGAGGCACCUACCUCAUUGGUUGAGAAAAAGGAUGAGGAUUUAGUUUCAGUGGAUGAGGGUUUUGAGGCACCUACCUCGGUGAUUGAGAAGAAAGACAAGGUUGAAUGUGCUGGUGAAGUUGAAGGUGCUGGCGAAGUUGAAUGUGUUGCGAAAACAAAAUUUGACUUGGAUUUAAAUGCGAGUCCAAGUGAAAAUAUUGACUUAGCUGAGAAUGAGAGCGGUUUGGAUUUAAAUGUGAGUGUGAGUGGAAAUGUUGACUUAGCUGAGAAUGGAAAUAGUAGCCCUAGGAGUUGUUUGAAAGAUGGUGAUAGUUUAGAAGCUGAGGUUGAUAGGGAGGAGAAUGAAGGGUUGAGUCGGGCUCGAGUAUUGCGGUCAAGAUCAAAGAGGGGAGACGAUAAAAAACCUGAUAAUGGAGGGAAUGACGUUGCUGAGAAUAAUGGAGAACCUGGUGGGUUUGAUGAGGUUAGAGAAGCUGAUGGAGUUUUUACUGAUGGUAACGAGAAUGAAGGAGUUAAGGUGAAAAUGGGAGGGAAGGGCAAGAGGAAAUUGAAACGGAAGCGUGGGAGGCCUCCGAAAACGGAGAUAAAAGCGAAAGAUGAAUUAGUUGAUCAGCCACUGAGUAAGGUUGGGAGGCGUCCAAAAACCGAGAUAAAAGAGAGAGGUGAAUUAGUUGAUCAGCCACCACGUAGGGUUGGGAGGCCUCCAAAAACAGAGAUAAAAGAGAAAGAUGAAUUAGUUGAUCAGCCAGCGCGUAGGCUUGGGAGGCCUCCGAAAACAGAGAUAAAAGAGAAAGAUGAAUUAGUUGAUCAGCCAGCGCGUAGGCUUGGGAGGCCUCCGAAAACAGAGAUAAAAGAGAAAGGUCUAUUAGUUGAUCAGCCACUGAGCAAGCUUGGGAGGCCUCUCAAAGAAGUUAUAAAAGAGGAUGAUCAGUUAGUUCAGCCACCUCGUAAGCGUGGGAGACCUCCCAAGACCGACCAACAAAAGUAUCCCAUGACCGUGUCACAUAAUAGUAAAGGAAAGGCGAGGCAUGAAAAUGGGAAAAAAGUUUCCAGUAAAAAGUUUAAAAAGAAGAGAACAUCAAAUACUGUGAGUGAACCUGCUGCUAAUCGAAUUAAAUUACGUGAACAAAAGCAAUUGGUGAGUAAUCAAAUGAAGAGGACAUCAAGUACUGUGAGUGAACCUGCUACUAAUCGAAUUAAAUUACGUGAACAAAAGCAAUUGGUUAGUAAUCAAAUAAUGGGAUGUCUCUCAGAUGCAGGAUGGACUGUUGACCAUAGACCUAGAAAUGGAAGAAAUUAUAUUGAUGCAGUAUAUGUUGCUCUGGAUGGAAAAACACAUUGGUCCAUAACCAAGGCGUACAAGAGGCUUAAAGAGCAUUGUGAAGCGGGGAAUGGUGAAGGUAUGUCGUACAGACCAGGAUUCAAAUUUACACCAAUACCAGAGGAAGAUUUCAAUUUACUGACUAGAAUUGUUACUAAGAAAAGAUGUUCAGUUAAAUGUGUGCCAUUUGAAGGAAAAGUUGGAAAAAAUGUUGGUGGGGUCAAUCGAAAAAAGAAAAAAAUAAAACCAGGUUCUGGUGCUGGCAAGGGUAAGUCAGUGAAAGGGAAAAUGAAAAGGAAACGAUCACUUGCCGAGGACGGCGAUACAGAUCGUAAGCGGCACAAAACACAGAACAAGACGCGAGGUGCUUUGUUGGUUCGGGAUGCUACAGAAGAGGUAGAUUCAGUAAUUAACGGAUAUGUGCCAUACAGUGGAAAACGAACUGUACUUGCCUGGAUGAUUGAUUUGGGCACAAUCCUUCAAAAUGGGAAGGUCCAUUGUAUGCAAGACAAGUUGGAAAUUGCUCCACUGGAAGGUAGUAUCACAGGAGAUGGUAUUCACUGUGGCUGCUGUAAUUCAAUCAUAACAGUUUCUGACUUUGGAGUUCAUGCAAGAAGCAAACAAUCUGAUCCUCUUAAAAGUAUAUAUAUGGAGGAUGGAACUUCACUCCUACAGUGCCUGCUAGAUUCAUGGAAUAAACAAGAUGAAUCUGAACGUAAAAGUUUUCAUUUUGUUGAUGUUGCGGGUGAAGAUCCUAACGAUGAUACAUGUGGUAUCUGCGGAGAUGGUGGAGACCUGAUGUGCUGUGAUGGUUGCCCAUCAACGUUCCAUAAAAGCUGCUUGGAUAUAAAAAAGUUUCCAUCUGGUGACUGGAACUGCAUUUACUGUUGUUGCAAAUUUUGUGGGUUGGUUGGUGGAUGUUCAAACCAAAGUGUUGUCAAUGACGAGUUUACUAUGCCUGCAUUGCUCACAUGCCAUUCAUGUGAGGAAAAAUUUCACAAAUCCUGUAUUGAGGCAAAUGGUGGUAAGACUGAUGAUUCCGGGAAUGCAUUAUUUUGCGGAAACAAAUGUCAAGAGUUAUCCGAGGGACUUGAAAGGCUUCUUGGGGUUAAACAUGAAAUCGAAGAUGGGUUUUCUUGGUCUUUUAUUUGGCGAUCAGAUGUUGGCUUUGAUGCUUCUCUGACAAAACCUCAGCUGGUAGAAUGUAAUUCUAAGCUGGCUGUUGCAUUAUCAAUAAUGAAUGAGUGCUUCAUGCCAUUUAUUGAUCAUAGAAGCGGGACCAAUCUGAUCCGCAGUAUUGUAUACAAUUGUGGGUCAAACUUCAAACGCCUGAACUAUAGUGGAUUUAUUACUGCAAUUCUAGAGAGAGGUGAUGAGAUCAUAUGUGUUGCAUCUAUCAGGAUCCAUGGGAACCAACUUGCAGAGAUGCCAUUCAUUGGAACCCGCUAUAUGUAUAGGCGACAAGGAAUGUGCCGUCGGCUUCUAAAUGCCAUUGAAUGGGCGCUCAAUUCUUUACAUGUUGAGGUAUUAGUCAUACCAGCUAUAUCAGAACUCAAAGAAACCUGGACCUCUGUUUUUGGGUUUGAGCCACUUGAUCAAACAAGGAAGCAAAUAACAAAGAACAUGAAUCUGUUGGUGUUCCCUCACGUAGAUAUGCUACAGAAGAAGAUAUCAAAGCAUGAAUUUACUAAUGAAAAUUUGAUUCCUACUGAAGUUUCCAAUCAUAAGAAGAAUCAUACUGCAUACGAGGCAGCAAAUCAGGAUGGGGAAGACUCAACAGGAUCUGAUUGUUGCAAGAAAAUUGAUAACUCAUUGAAUAACACACCUGACAUUACUAGCGACAACAUACAGAACAGUAAAUCUACAAAAGAUAUCACAUGUCAAGCUGUUCAUGAACAAUUGGUUGUGGACAGCAAAAGCACUGAGAAUGCCGGUGACCAUGUGGCUGAUUCUUGUUGCCAAGUUGGAGACUACGAUGGUGCACUGUUGGAGGUUACUGAAAAUUGUUCAAACAAGGUCAAAGUAACAACUGAGGUUGGUUUAAAUAACAUCAGUGCUGAAAAAUCUGUACUCUCUGGGGCAGAAAAUAUUCCUAUUGACUCACAAGUUAUGUUUAGGACAAGGGAAUCAAAAUAUUCUGCUGACAGUAACCAUGAUUCACACAAGAUUUCUGACAGCUGUGAACUGAGGGUUAAGACCGACUGUGCUCAACCAGAUGGUAUUGGAUCAGAAGUACAUACUCAAUUUGACAAUGGUUGUAGCACUCAUUCUGUACCUGAUGGUGAUAUUGCCUCUGGUGUAGCAGGUCUCCCGACCAACAUCUUUACGAACACUGAAUCACAAAAAUUCACCCAAGAUUUGCCUGUUAGUUGUGAAAACAAUUCAAGUGUUGUUAGUGAGCCAAAUGCUGAUGAGGCAGAACUAUGUUAUUCCAAAACCAUUGAUCUCCAAACAAACAAAAAUCCUAGAGAUUGUCAAUCUAUACUAGUAUCUUCUGGUAUUUGUGAGAAAAUUGCGAAUGGUGUCAAUGAGACGAAUAAAGCUUCCAGUGAAGCUGAUACCAGUUUUCUUCCUAUUGAAGUAAUUCUUGAUGAUAAACCUGGUUCUCAUUCUAUAUCCAAGGGUCGCAGUGUCUCCGACGAAGCAGGUCUCACAACCAACAUUUUGAUGCAUCUUGAAUCACAGAGUAUUACCAAACAUUUUCCUGUUAAUUGUGAAAACAAUUCUAGUGGUCAUGGUGCGCCAAAUGCUGAUGAAUCCGAACUAUGUCAUUCCAAAACAAUUGAUCUCCAGACAAACAUAAUUCCUGAAGAUUGCCAAUUCAUACUAGAAUCUUCAGGUGUUUGUGAGAAAAUUGCAGAUGGUGUCAGUGAGAAGAAUAAAGCGCCCAGUGCAGCUGAUGCCAAUGCUCUUCCAAUUGAUAUUGAAGUAAUUCCCAAUAACAAGCCUGAGAUAAAGGAGUCUUCAGAGCCAGCAGAGCUCGAUUUGCAGGUUGAUGAAACUGAACAGAGUGAAACUAAAUCUGCUUCAGGUGCGGCUCUGCAUUGUGCAUCUGCUGGCAGUAAUUCAUGUGGUAGUGCUGACGGCUUAGUUCUGUCAAACAAGGCAGUUGAGUAGGGAAAAAUAUGGCAAUGCAUUCUGGAAAGGAUCACAGGAAUGACCUUGAUCUUUAAACUCAGAAGGCGCGUCCUCCUAAUUAAUACGGCGAGAUUUGCAUUUUUAGCGAAUUAUUCUGUAAAAAAUUCUUAGAAUAGGGUGAUCUUACAUUUAGAUAAAGAUUUCUGGAGGAUAGCUCCAUUUUUUUGGAGGUGGAUGAGUUAAAGAGAGGAACAACACAAUGACCCGAUGUCACAAGGCUCAUGUAUUUUGUUGCUCACAUGGUUAUUGCCAUUUGGAUGUGAAUGGAGUAGAGCAAUGCUUUUGUUAUACUUGUUGCUUAUACUUUUUCCCUUUUAGGUGUUAGAAAAUUAGACAUUGACAUGAUUAAUUAAGCCUUGUAGAUGGCAAUGAUCUUGUACCCUAAUUGGCAGUGGUUACUGGAAAAUUGAAAUUUGAGUUUAGUUAUUUUCA